AAUGUCUACUCUUGAGAUCAUCGCUCUUCCUCACCUGCCCCAGUAUCCACUGUGCGUUGGGCUGUUCAAGAAUGUGAAUAAUGCCUCUUUCCUCCGUCAACAGCUUCUGGCUGGCAACGCCGACUUUGAAUAUGCCUUCCUUGAUGCUUCUGUUUUCCUUGCUGCUUCCUUUAGAGGUAUCAAUGCUUUUGCGAGCAAUCGCAUGAAGAGUCACAAUGUUCAUUCCGAGAUUGUAUUUUCUUUCUCACCAAACAACAACGUGANNAUUGCCGAAUCAUUCCGCCGCUUUGGUAUUUCCGACACAACUCAACAUGUUCUGGCCAUCAAGGUUCUAUCUUCGGACGUUACGGCAGAGUCUGUCAACCAACACCUUCAACAAAAUAUCGAGGGCGAGCAAGUAGAUGUCUCGGACGCUGAAUUCUCAGAGCUGGCUGACCAGGCACGACUCCGUAAGAUCUACAAGCUCAAUGUUCAGACCAAAAAGGGCGCCCAAAAUGGUACGGUCUCGAAAGAAGCCGAGAUCAAAGAGCUCGAGACUUCUAUUCUUGGUGUCAUGGCUCUCAAAGGCUCA